AUGUACAUUAAAGAACGGAAAACGAGAAUUCAAAAGAGAGAUCCUAUAGCAAAGCAUUUUACAAAUGAUGUUUUAGCUUGUACUCUGUUACAACUUGUUGGAGAUGGUAUCCUCAGCGUAGCAGCGUAUGUUAACAUCUUUCUCCAAGGUCUCGUUGAAUACCCAGAAGAACAGGAAAAGGUUCACGAAGAAAUCAUCGAUGUCAUUGGACCCGAUCGACAACCAACGAUGGACGACAAAAAUAAACUACCUUAUACCAACGCCUUCAUGAAUGAAGUUAUAAGAAAAUCAGAUUUUACCCCUAUGUUGCCGAGCGUUGAAUGUACAACUGAAACGACUAUCCGAGGACAUAGAAUCCCGAAAGGAGCUGUCACUUUACCAAAUUAUUGGGCUGCUAACCACGAUCCAGAAACUUAUGAUGAGCCGGAUGCUUUCAAUCCCUCCAGAUUUCUAGCAACUCCAAAUAAACCAAGAGCAGAGCUUCCUGUUUUGUUUGGUGUUGAACAAGAAGGACUCUUCAACGUUUGGCUGACUGGGAAAAGAGCUUGCAUUGGAGAAACAUUUACAACCACUCAAGCGUUCCUUUUCCUCACAAGUAUCGCCCAGAAAUUCAAGCUAUCUAAACCAAGCGAACCAGCUGACAACGACUCCGUCUCUUUAACACCUGGGCACACUUACAUACUCGUCAAUUCAAGAAAAGAGGGAUGUGAAAUAGAUCUUUCCUAAGAAAUAACUGAGUCUGUGAGAUGCGAAACGCCUCUUUGAUAAGAAGUAACUAAGUGUUUGUGAGAUGUGAAAUAAUUCUUUCCCAAGAGGUAACUGAGUAUUUGUGAGAAGUGAAAUACCUCUUUCACCAGAAGUAAUUUUGAGAUGCAAAAUAGCUCUUUCCCACGAAGUAACUGAGUGUGCGUGAGAUGUGAAAUAGCCCUUUUUCAUGAAGUAACUGACUGCGAUGUGAAAUAGCCCUUUUCCACGAAAUAACUGAGUGCGAUGUGAAAUAGCCCUUUUCCAUGAAGUAACUGAAUGCGAUGUGAAAUAGCUCUUUCCCACAAAAUAACUGAGCGUGCGUGAGAUGUGAAAUUCCUCUUUCCCAAGAAGUAACUGAGUGUCCGUGUUUCUGAAUUUCGCAAGAAGCAGUCUUUUGAAGUGCAUACAUCUGUUUUAGCAUUAUGCGUGGAUUACUGUGCAGGCCAAAUUAUUAGACUAAAGAGGUGUUUUUUUUUGUACACUAUUUGUACUAAAAUACUAUUUACUGUACACUAACUAUUACCUUAUUUUAGCAUAAUUUAAUGUUUGCAGGUGGCAGCACUGUCUGCUUUGUUUAUGUUCUUUGUUUAUCUUCCUACCAGGAACAUAACCUCAAUCAGCUUAAACAGUUCACUAGUUUUUUUUUAUAAGCGUGUUCUGUUAUAUUUAAAGUUAGUUUUAGGUAAUUAGUGAGCAUGUGUAUGUGAGUAUAUAUAAUAGUGAGUAUAAACAAUUUUUUACCUCAUUUUUUAAAAGCUGUUAAGAAAUGGUGGAAACCUUGUGAAAAGUAUGCCAAAAAGACUUAAAAUGCUCAUCAAGAACAAGGGAAUGCAUACUAAAUAUAAGAUAAUUAUUUCACUGUUCGUUAAUAUGACUAUAGUUAUGUAAUCAAUAAAGAAUUUGCUUUUAAAAAAGUCUUAGUCUAAUAAUUUGACCGGCACUGUAGUUUAAGUGCCGAAAACUGAACUUUGUGUCUUUAUCAAUCGCUGGAAGAAAGACCCAGAAACAAGCCCUAAAACUCUUAGCAAUAAUCAUUCGGAAUUUUAAAGCCUCUCAGUUCCCAAAGCAAUCAAUAUUAUGAAGGAAGAAAUUAAGAAUACAAACUAUAAACUGCUUUUAAAGAUGAAUUACAAAAAGAUUCAAAAAGUAAAGUUGCUCUUUUGAAGUCUAAAUAGAUUAUUUUUUAUCAUUGUGCUUUGCCUUGAAUAUUAAAGAUUCAUGUAUCAUGAACAAAUUCCAAUCGCUCAGAUAGCAUUUAAAAGUUAGAUAUAAUUGUUUGCUGAUUAUAAAUUGUAAUGUUCCUAGCAGGAGACUCGAUAUAAAGAGACCGAUGCACCCACCAAUUUUUUCUUUUUAUUUCUUUCUUUUUGUGGUUGUCUUAUUUUACACAAGAGUAGCAAGAGGGGGAUUGAUUCGUAACGCAUAUACAUACAUACAUGGACAUACACACAAAUCUAUGUAAAUGUAUAACUAUGAUGUAUCAAUAAAG